GACGCCACGGAGGAGUCGGAGCUGGCGCAGCAGUUCGGGGUGCGGGGCUACCCCACCAUCAAGUUCUUCAAGAACGGCGACAAGGCGUCGCCCCGCGAGUACACAGCUGGCAGAGAAGCUGAAGAUAUUCUAAACUGGCUGAAGAAACGCACUGGUCCAGCUGCCACUACCCUGGCAGAUGCUGCUGCAGCUGAGACACUAGUGGAUUCCAGUGAAGUCACUGUGAUCGGGCUCUUCAAGGAUGUGGAGUCGGAGGCUGCCAAGCAGUUCUUACUGGCAGCUGAGUCCAUUGAUGACAUUCCUUUUGGGAUCUCUUCCAGCAGUGACGUCUUCUCCAAAUACCAGCUCAGCAAGGACGGGGUUGUCCUUUUCAAGAAGUUCGAUGAAGGGCGCAACAACUUUGAAGGUGACAUUACAAAAGAGAACUUGCUGAAUUUCAUCAAGUCCAACCAGCUGCCUUUGGUCAUCGAGUUCACAGAACAGACGGCUCCGAAGAUCUUUGGAGGUGAGAUCAAGACUCACAUCCUGCUGUUCUUGCCAAAGAGUGUCACUGACUAUCAAGAGAAACUAGACAACUUCAAAACAGCUGCUGGGAACUUCAAAGGAAAGAUCCUGUUCAUCUUCAUAGACAGUGACCAUAGCGACAACCAGAGGAUCCUGGAGUUCUUUGGCCUGAAAAAGGAGGAGUGCCCCGCCGUGCGCCUCAUCACUCUGGAGGAAGAAAUGACCAAGUACAAACCCGACUCCGAGGAACUGACCGCAGCGAGGAUCCAGGAGUUCUGCACCCAGUUCUUGGAGGGCAAAGUCAAGCCCCACCUGAUGAGCCAAGACCUGCCUGAUGACUGGGACAAACAUCCCGUCAAAGUUCUGGUUGGGAAGAACUUUGAAGAAGUUGCUUUUGAUGAGACCAAGAACGUGUUUGUGGAGUUCUAUGCUCCCUGGUGCGGUCACUGCAAACAGCUGGCUCCGAUCUGGGACAAGCUAGGAGAGAUUUACAAGGACCACGACAACAUUGUCAUUGCCAAGAUGGACUCCACAGCGAAUGAAGUGGAGGCAGUGAAAGUCCACAGCUUUCCCACGCUAAAGUUCUUCCCUGCAGGCCCUGGCAAAAAUGUCAUAGACUACAAUGGGGAGAGGACGUUGGAAGGCUUCCAGAAGUUCCUGGAAAGCGGAGGCCAGGAUGGUGCUGGCGAUGAGGACCUGGAGGACCUGGAGGUUGAUGAGACCGAGCUGGAGGAAGGUGAAGAGGAGGAGGACCAGACACUCCACAGAGAUGAACUGUAAAGAGACUCAAAUCUGCAUCUCCCAAAGCAGACACUACACUGGGUGCCCUGCCACAGGGCCUAGUGAGUCGAGCCCCAUUAAGAUGUAACUAGAAGUGUUGGCUAGAAAUGCAGGGAUUGGCUCAAGUAACACUUCUCCACCCUCCCUUGUCUGUGCACUUGACUGUCUCUUCAGUUCUGGAAAGGGUCUGUCGCUAGGUAGCCGCCUGGGCACCUGGGCAUCUUCUUUUUUUAUUGUGACGUUCUCUUUUGUACACGGGUUUGUUCCAAGCAUUCUGUUCUGGGCAGAAGUGGGCUGUGAAGUGGCAGCGCGAGUCCCAUUGCCUGGCACUUCACAGCCGCGCCAGUGAUGCCUGCUAGGAAAGCUUAGUUCUCUGCUAAAUUGAAAGGCUGUUGCUGAAGUGGGCCCAGAGAAGCGCCCCCCCCUCAGGUCCUCUGCCUGGCAUUGCCACCCUUCAGUGCAUGGGGGCGGGGGCACACAAAUGCAGUCUCUUGGGGGUGGCGGGUGGGCGACGUGUCCCUGGCUGAUCCCUUUGCCUUUUCCUUUUAAAGAUGAAAGGAGCUGACUGCUCGGGUGGGGGUGGAGCACUGAGAAUUGGCCUGUUCCUUGAUCACUUUCUGUGCUUUGUGCUGAUUCCCUGCAGCCAGGGGGGCAUGGGGGCCGCUAGAAUGCAGCAGCCAGGACACGGCUGAUUACUGGGUUGUGGGGAGGGGGUUGGGAACAGGAGUGUGGCGCAGGUCUGAGCAGAAUCAGGCUUGGUCUAAGCAUUCCACCACCAUGUUGGAGCUGAACUUGUUGGCCAAAUAAAGUUGAGAUUUUAAUACUA